AUGGAGAGGAAAAAGAGGCUGAAGCAUCCCAAGGUGCGCACCGGGUGCAUCACUUGCAAGUACGGCGCCUUUUCGACAUGCAUGGGCAGGAACUUAUUGACUAGAAUCCGGCACACCAAAUGUGACGAGACCGCCCCGGCGUGUGGGAACUGCACCAGCACAGGCCGCAAGUGCGAUGGGUAUGCACAAGCCCCGGAUAAGAGAACCCGGCCGUGGCGGCAGCCGGGAGACGGAAAAAGCCAAUGCGCGGUGUAUCAAUUGCAGAUCACGAACAGCCUGCCUCGCGAUGGCGAGGUGAGUCUCUCGUGGAGUGAGCGCUGGCACCUGGACUACUUCCGCCGAUGCACCACCGUCCAGUGUUCCGAGUUUUUCCAGGAUACAUUCUGGACUCGUCUGGUCCUCCAGAUGUGCGAGAGACAGCCCGCAGUCCAGCACGCCGCCAUCGCAAUGACGGCCAGGCAACGCCAAUUCGAGGCGGUGCAAACAAAGCAGGUAGAGGAUCGGGAAAGUUUCCUGGCACUGAGCCAUUCCCACAAGUCCAUCAGCUGGCUCGGUGCAGACCUCGCACGGCACGAGUCUAGCCGUGAGCACAAAGAGACAGUGCUGGUUAGUUGCAUCAUUCUAACCAUGCUCGCGCUGUUUCAACAAGACUUGUUCACGGCACGAUGCCAUCUUCAGUCUGGCUACAACCUGUUCAAGGAAUGGGCCGCUAUUGAGUCCAAAACAAGUCCUCAUAAGGAGAUUCUAGAGCAGGCAUUCUCACAGGUUCAUAUACAUUAUUCAACCUGCGUAGACCCGAAGGAAUUUCGCAACAACCGCCGUUCAUUACCUCCGGUGCCUCCAGAGAGGAACUCCUCGGCGGUCACUUGUAAUGCAGACCUCGUCCGGGAGACCAGAGGGUUACAGGUGAUUGGCUGGCUCAUACUGCAGAGCCAUCCAGGAGGGGGCUUCGGCAUAGCAUGCGCGAGCUCACCUGUGAGUCGUGGUGGGGUGGCAGUCCUGAGCAAGCUGCGACUGUGGCGCAGCCAACUCAAGUUCUUCGCAGCCGGUGGGUUUCUUUCUCAGCGCCAACAGGAUAUGCUUGUCCUACUCGAAUUGUGGACUUUGGUCCUUGAUGUGAAAAUGGCUGUGGCAAGUAGCCUAAACCCAAGCGAGAGUCUGUAUGAUGACUAUCUGUCUCGCUUCCAAUGCGCCAUCCUGCUAGCGAGAGGUCUACUGCGUUCAGACGCAAGUGAAGUGCCAGCACCAGUCUCUUAUAUCAGGCCCGGCGUCGUGACUGCUCUCUUAUGGUGCGGGGCCAAAUGUCGUGACUGGAAGACCCGAAAUGAGAUUGUAGCCUUGCUGAGAGAAUGCAAACACCACAGCCCUUGGGUUUCCGCUGCGGCAACUUCCAUUGAGAGCUUGGUUCAGAUCGAGAGAAGCGGUAUCGAGCUAGGAGCUCGCAUCCCAGCAACUGCUCGUGUUGACUGUAUAACCGUGAAACCUCUCUUGAAAAGCUCCGAGGUUCAGCUGUGGUACCAAAGCCUUCGGCCUGGGGAGUGUCGCGAUGAAAACAAGGCGUGGGAAUGCGUUACUAUGCCUUGUUAUUGA